UCUUCUUCAAUCAUCACUGCCACUCCAUCGCCUGAAGGGAAAGAGGGAAGAAUAUACUUUGCUCUGUUCCUCUAAGAUCCUCCUCCCACAGUGUCUCUCUUUCACCAAUCCCAAAAUCUCGCAAGAUGGUUCUUCAGUUGCAAUUGGCCUACUUCGUACUCGUUGCCGCUCUGGUUGUGUUGUGCGUGAUAGUCUCGAAACUCCGGGAAUUGGCUGAGAAGGGGCGCUCCGUUGAUCAAGUUUUGAUCUUGAUGAGGCGGUUGGAGGAUGAAGCAGAGGUCGUUGCACCGUGCAGUCCGGAUCAUAGCAUGUGCACAAGAAGAGUCGGGUUCGGUGCCGGAUCGGGUUUAUCGGGAGAAUGUGCCCGAGAAAGUGCCGGAAGCAGGAAGGAAGGCCGCGAGAUCGAGACUGAAAUGCAGAGGAAAGAAACUCAACCAAGCAGUCGGACUGAGGAAUCAAGAAGAAGCAGUGGACCAAUCGAUGAAAAGGAAGAACAUGACAACGACGAUGAUUGGGAGGGAAUAGAGAAAACAGAGCUCCAGAGGACCUUCGAUCGGGCGGUUAGAUUUGUUGGUUCCUUGAAGAGCUCCGGCUUAGUAGGUUCUAGGAUUGGUAGGGAUGAGAAGAUGAAGCUAUACGGACUCCACAAGAUUGCCACCGAGGGUCCCUGCCUUCAAUCCCUACUGUUGCCCUUCAAAGUCUCGUUUCGAUGGUUUUUUAUGAAUCCAAAGGCCUUUCAACAACUUGGGAACAUGUCCCCUGAGGAUGCAAUGGAACAGUACAUCGACUUUGUUUCUAUCAUCUGUCCUGAUUGGAUGCAGAAUGAUCUUGACUGCAAGCACCCGACUUUGAAACUACCCGAUCAGUAGGCACAAGCUUCGGAGACUCAGUGCAUUUUUUUCCCAUCAUCUGAUGGUGAAGAUAUCUGCCGAGGUGGACAUUACUUUUGCUGAUAGAUAGAAUAGCUGUAGAAGCAUAUUUUAGCCUGUGCGAGGGCGAAGAAUUUCCUCGAGGAAACUUGUUGUUGAUGUUUCCCGGUCUAGUCAGUUGCUUACGUAGUUGGAUCUUCCGAUGGAAUAGGUAGAAAAACGACACCUGAUCAAUAAAAAAUUGCCUCAAAAUCAUCCGAACCAGCUCA